AUGAAAACAAAUAACCAGACGUGGGUGAGUGAGUUUAUUCUCCUUGGCCUCUCCAGUGACUGGGGUACUCAGGUGUCACUCUUUGCCCUUUUCUUGAUCAUGUACCUUGUGACAGUGCUGGGGAACUUUCUCAUUGUUCUUCUGACCAGACUGGACAGCCGACUCCACACACCCAUGUAUUUCUUCCUCACCAACCUCUCACUUGUGGACAUCUCUUAUGCCACAAGCAUAGUCCCUCAGUUAUUGGUGCAUUUUCUUACAGAACGUAAAGUAAUAUCCUACCUGAGCUGUGCAGCCCAGCUAUUUUUCUCCCUGGGAUUGGGUGGAAUUGAGUUUGUUCUACUGGCAGUGAUGGCAUAUGACUGCUAUGUGGCUGUGUGUGACCCCUUGCGAUACUCAGCCAUCAUGCACGGAAGGCUGUGUGCUAGGCUGGCCAUCUCAUCCUGGGUCAGUGGCUCUAUCAACUCUCUCUUGCAGACUGUCAUCACCUUUCAGCUUCCCAUAUGCUCAAACAAGGUUAUUGAUCACAUAUCCUGUGAACUCCUAGCUGUGCUCAGGCUGGCCUGUGUAGACACUUCCUCCAAUGAGGUUGCAAUCAUGGUAUCCAGCAUCGUCCUACUGAUGACACCAUUCUGCCUGGUUCUUUUCUCCUACAUCCGGAUCAUCUCCACCAUCCUAAAGAUCCAGUCCACAGAGGGAAGGAGGAAAGCCUUCCACACAUGUACCUCUCAUCUCACAGUGGUUGCCCUGUGCUAUGGGGUGACCAUUUUCACUUAUAUCCAGCCCCACUCCAGUCCCUCAGUACUCCAGGAGAAAAUGAUCUCACUCUUCUAUGCCAUUUUAACACCCAUGCUGAACCCCAUGAUUUACAGUCUAAGGAAUAAGGAUGUGAAGGGGGCUUGGCAGAAGCUCUUAGGACAAUUCUCUGGGUUAACAUCAAAAUUGGAAACUUGUUGAAUCAUGAGCCUCACACAAAGAAAAGAGCUUUGCCCCUGUGUUCCCCACCCAACUCAGAUAUGACAGUUAUAGUGUGCAUUGCCCUUGCUACCAUGAAGGAGAUCACCAAACGUUUACU